AUGAAGAACGUUACAAUCUUCCUACUGGUUCUGGCUUGUGGUAAGUCUACUUUUCUGCUAUAGUUCAGUAGAGCUGAGAGUUCUUUCCAGAGCUGUUGCUGUUGUCCGGAAGAGGGGUCUCUGGGAUGGGGUCUCUUUGCUUCCACCGUGGUCCCUGCAAUGGUGGCAACUCAUGGCAAGCACCUCCCCUCCCCCACAAGCCCUCAGACUGCCCUCACUCUGAUUUGGCUUCAUGGCAUUGCCAUCAAGAAACCAGCCUGAGGGCAGUGCAUUUUGCAGCCAAAUGUGGGAAGAGGAAGAAAAGAAAAAUCUGGCAAUUGGUAUUCAGGGAUAUACUGCCACUGAAUCUUUGUGUUCCUUUCACAGUCAUAGCUAAUACCCCUAGGCAGGGGUUUAAAGUCAUCUUCUUUUGCCACCAGGUUACUUCUGCCUUCCAGGCAGGCUUACCAGUCUCUCACCAGGCUCACCAGUCUCUCACCAGGCUCACCAUGCCACGGCGUGCUUGAUCUAAUUCCCAGUACUUUCACAGGCUCAACCUCUCAGUCCAGGACUGGGCAACCAGCAGCCUUAGGACUGACUACCUGUGAUCCUCAGCCUAAUUUAAAUCAGUGUGGGGAGAGAGAAAGGAGGUGUCAGAAUGGCCGAAAGAGAGGUGGGAAGAAAGGAGAGAAAGGGGUGGCAGAAAGAGAGAUAGAAGGACGCCGUGAAAAGGAAUGAAAUGGGGUAGCAGAGAGAAAGAUGGGGGGAGAGGGAGAGAGAGAGGGAGGGAAAGGAAGGGGAUGGCAGAGGGAAGAAGGAAAAGGAGGUGGCUUUGGCCCUACCUACUGCCAGCAAGUGGCUGAGAACGGUUUACCUCUAAACCACAGAGCCUAGGGCUUGCAGAUCAGAAGGUUGGCGGUUCGAAUCCCCGCAACAGGGUGAGCUCCCAUUGCUCGGUCCCUGCUCCUGCCAACCUAGCAGUUCAAAAGUACGUCAAAGUGCAAGUAGAUAAAUAGGUACCACUCCGGCGGGAAGGUAAACGGCGUUUCCGUGUGCUGCUCUGGUUCGCCAGAAGCGGCUUAGUCAUGCUGGCCACAUGACCCGGAAGCUGUAUGCCGGCUCCCUCAGCCAGUAAAGCGAGAUGAGCGCCACAACCCCAGAGUCGUCUGUGACUGGACUUAACAGUCCGGGGUCCCUUUACCUUUACUGCCAGCAAGUGGCUGAGAACGGUUUACCUCUGAGGGAAUGAGGCAGCAGGGGAAAAGGUAUCCCCACCCCUCAGAAAGGCUUGAGACCUCAACUGCUAUUCCCACCACAAACAAUGCUUUUCCACCUCAACUCCCUUGCUUUUUCAAUCCGUACCCCCUGCUCCCUGUCUCUUUGCUCUUCCCUCCAAACAAGACUCUGUUGCUCUUUCAGGAGCCGCUCUGGUGACCGGCCUUGCCUCCCAGUUUAAUGAGAUGAUCCAGAUGAGCACCGUCACCUUCACCCUGGCCAACUUCACCAACUAUGGGUGUCACUGUGGGGCAGGGACUCAAGGCUUCCCCGUGGAUGCCAUCGACAGGUGAGGCUCACCUGAGAUUACCAGGCAUUGCUCACCUCUUGGGCUAUCAUCAUUCUCUUACAGUUCAGGGGUUUUACAAGUCAUGGUGAAGGGCCAUUAGAGUAUUGUUCUCUAUAUGAUCCCAAAAACUGUUUGAGGCAUUUUCUCCUCUCUCAUAUGUUAUGCCCAAACCCCUUCCUUAAAGGGGGGAGGGAGGUUUUUACACCAGCCAGGAGAACAAGGCUUUUUCUUCUUGCUUAGAUGUUACAGUGAAAACGGGCCUCUCUCUCUGGAAUGUCUGGCUUAGGCAGGUAGAGAUAAUAAGCAAGAUUGAAUGAGUGUUAUUGUAACCCCAGAUUUGGGGGGGGGGGGCUGAAAAGGAGGCGAACUGAAAAGGAGGAGGGUAACACAAGAAACAAAGCUAUAUCUUAUUACUAGUAGUGUAAAUCACAUGUUUUACAUGUGAACACGUGUCUAUGCAUUCUAAGGGGUAUAAAAAGUGGGCGCAUCCUGACUGGGGUGUGCAGAUUGCGAAUUUAUCGCUCUGUACCUUUGUCCUGCAUAUGCAUUUCAAAUAAAUCCUGUUAAAUCCUGCAAGGUUGGUUGCCACUUCAUGUGACCCAAUAGCAGAUAUGGAAAAUGUCCAACAAUGGGAGUCUCAAGAACAGGGAUGGGGGACCUCCAUAUUUGCGUGCCUCUCCCAUACAAAGAAAUACCGUAUUUUUUGCACCAUAACUCACUUUUUUCCUCCUAAAAAGUAAGGGGAAAUGCCUGUGCGUGUUAUGGAGGGAAUGCCUACGGGUGGCAUGCCUACAGAUUUUUCUCCUCUAAAAACUACUUGCGUGUUAUGGUCGGGUGCGUGUUAUAGAGCGAAAAAUACGGUACAUGGAAUCCCUGCAUGCACCAAACUAGCAUAUCUGGGAGGAAGUGUCUUGCCUAGCCUCUCUGAGAUGCUUGCUUUCUACAGACAAGGAGCUUGUUUCAUGCGGAGGAUAAUUCAAAUAAACUGCCUCCACCUGCAUUAUGAUAUGAACCAGGUCCCAGUAGGGUUAUACCACAGACACUUUCAGUGGUAGAGCAUCUGCUUUGCACACAGAAGGUACCAGGAUUGAUCCCUGGCAUCUUCAGGUAGGGCUGAGGGAGACUUCUGCUUGAAUAUGCUGUCAUCAGAAACAUGCUGUGCGAUACUGGGGAAAUCUCACAGGCCGCCGGAGACCACGGUUGUGGCCGCCAUCUUAGUUUUUCCAAACUAAGCCCAUUGCGGGCAAAAGAAAAUUACACGGCAUUCACCGUUAAAGAUGCGCUUUAACAACAACAACAACCCACAGUGCUCCAGAAUGUUGAGUUCUGAAAAAACUAAGAUGGCACCAAAAUGGGCCUGAUUCAUAGCAAUUCCUUGCUCUCUCGUUUUCACGUCACAUGCAGGUGCUGCCACAGCCACGACUGCUGCUACAACAAGGCCGAGAUGUUCGGUUGCAACCCAAGCACCCUCUCGUACAGGUUCUACCCCCAGAGGGAUAAAAUUAAAUGCGGUGAGUUGGUCCAGCGUCAAGCCAGAGAGCUGGUUCAAAUCUUUUCUAUUUCCGUUCCCCCGUUUCAAAGCACCCCUCUUUGCGGAAACCGAUGCUGAGGUUACCACCUUUCUCCUCUCUCUGCAGUCAAGUCGCGGGACCGGUGCGAGAAGCUCGUGUGCGAAUGCGACCAAAAAGCGGCCAGCUGCUUCCGGAAGCAUCUCUUUGCCUAUAACCUCCAGUUCAAGAAUCACCCAGCGAACAACUGCAGGGCACAGCGGCCAUUUUGUUGA